AGGCUCAGGGAAGCGGCAGGCAGUUUUUAAAUUUAGCUUGCUUCGGACUCCGAUGCCUGCGCACACUGACUCAGCCUUUGUAGAUUAAUAUUAGGUCAAUAUAAUAGGGUAAAUCAGUAUCCAACUCUGCUACUGAAAUGUUGAAGAUGGCGUGGCCCUCUGUUCUCUUCUCUCUCUGUUUCCUUCUCAGUGGCCUUGCUGGUACCUGUCAAGGAUCUGUAGAACACCUCUCUCUCCGAGAUGCUUCUCCAGUGCUCCUCCAUGUAUUUUCUGCAGAUACAGAUCUUUCCGUUGCCGUUUCCAUUGAGGAUGAACAGCUGAAUGAGGUAUCCCGCAGUGUUAUUGCGGCUGAAACUUGGCUCAGAACCCACGUUUUAGCUCACUACCCUGCCACCAAUAUCACCGCCAUUGUCGUCGGGAAUACCGUUCUCUGCAACAAAAACCGACACCAACAGAUGGGUCUCCUUCUCCCGUCUGUAAAGAACAUUUUCCACUCUCUCAAAAGAUGGGGCUUGGAGAAAGAAAUCAAAGUCUCGGCUUCUUUCUCUUCCGACUGCUUAAACCCUAACUCUUCUUCUUACAGAAAUGAUUUGGCCGAGAAAUACGUCAGACCUCUUCUCGACUAUUUCCAAGCCAUUAACUCGCCGUAUUUGGUGAACCCACCUCCACAUUUCACCCCUUCACAAGCUCUUAGCUUGGUUUCAUCCCACGCCAAGGCCAUGAACAGUCUUGGGAUUUUCAAAGUGAACAAGAUCAAUGUUCUUUUCACCAACCAAAAAGAAGCAAAACCCGUUACCAGAAAGCUCUCGUCCUUGGCCCCGACCCACUCCCCCGUUGUCUACUCCGUCCCAGAAUUUCCCUCCGGCAGCCCUCUUCCACCGCUGGUCGGCGCUUCUCCGCCGCUGCCGUUUUCACUCCCUUCUGCACCAGAACUGCCUCCGGUCAGUUUGCCGCCGUGUAACCCGGUGAAUACCGGACCCCCUACCCCACUGCCGAAGAGCGAGCUGUGGUGCGUGGCGAAGCCGAGCGUUCCCGCGGAGACAUUGCAGGAGGCAAUGGACUAUGCCUGCGGCGAGGGCGGCGCCGAUUGCGAGGCGAUUCAGCCGGACGGCAAUUGCUAUUUCCCUGACACUGUUGUGGCUCAUGCUUCUUAUGCUUUCAAUAGUUACUGGCAGAAGAACAAGAGGAAUGGUGGAACUUGCAGUUUCGGAGGCACUGGGAUGCUCAUCAAUGCCGACCCAAGUUUUCGUCACUGCAGGUUCGUUCUAGCCUAACAGCCAAAGCGGUAAAAAAGUGGAGAUGGGACUUGCCGCUUGACUGUCCGACAUUCAGAGAUUCAUUCUCUGAUAUCAAGGUGAAUUUGGUUUUUGCUUUUCUUCUUAUUCGAAUAUUUUAUCAAUGUUAUUGGACUAGAGAUUUCGAAUGUUUGGUUGGCGGCCGGAGCCAAGUAGGGUCACAUAGUGCUUCCUCUUUUAUCUGUAUCAUCAGUCAGUACUUUGAAGUGGCCAUCCAUGAUGAAUCCUGAUGACCCACAUUCUCUUUACUGAUCUUCCUCUUGCUCUUAUAUUAUAUGUUAUGUUCUUGGUCUUGCUUAUUAGCCUGACUUGUUCCAAAAGAGUUUUGGUAUGAGAAGGCUUCACCGCUUCUACCAGCUCAUCAUCUCAUUAUUAAGGACAAUAAUUAUUAAAGUUUCCUGGGGUUGGGGUUGUCUCAGUGGUAAGUGGUGGAAGACUUAAAAAGAGUUUUUAGGUUCAAAUUCAGUUCUUGUAUAGUCAUUCUUGUAUAGUCAUUGUGAUUGCCUGCUAGGGAGCUAUCCCAAGGACAAUAAUUAUUAAAAAAACAUGUCACGCAACGGAAGCAGCUACUCCACGUUUUGAGUGUAAAAUGUGAAAUCCCUCGUAUUAAGGGUCCUCACACAUUAUCUCACACACGUGGGAGAGAUUAAUCAUGGUAUACAACAACACACUAAGUAGGAGACACAGUGUAUGGUGCCCACAAGGAACCACCUUCACAGAAAGGUGAAAUUCCCACACUACGACUGUCAUGAGUCGAAUCUGCAUCAUUCGGUGUAAUCUGUUACCUGAAAACUAAUCGUGUUACAUCCGUAAGAGCUAUCUGAGCCAAGUUUUGAUCCUAGGACCAGUGGGUUAAGGGACCAUCACCGUGCUUCUGGUUAUUGAAAAUGUUUAUACCUUAUAUUAUCUAUCCAUCACCGUGCUUCUGGUUAUUGAAAAUGUUUAUACCUUAUAUUAUCUAUCCAAAAAAAAAUAAAUUACAAAAUUUUAUUUUAACUCAAUUUAAUACGGAAAAUAUGGCACAAGCUAUAUAAAUUGUUUAUGGAUAAGAUAUAGGGAUUAGUCUUUGAAGAAGAAGUUUGGACUGUAGCACAUAUAUAUAUUAAAAAUAAUAACUAUCGUUGGAGACAAUUAAACACAAAAAAAAAACUGAUCAACUUAGGAAAAUAAAUAAUUAAUUAAACUAUCCUUAUUAUUUUAUUUAAUUACUUAACUGAUUUUAUAUUUUUGCACAUGGUUUUCUUAUGAAGUCAGCCCAAGUUGAAUCUUCAAACUAAGUUUUUGUAUGGAGGAAAUUUACCUUUAAUUUUUUUUUUAUAAAGUAUUUGUAUAUUUAUGUCAUUUUGAACAUAUUGAGUUACUGUCAAUUUCUAGUGAAAUAACUAAAAUAUUAGGUGAUUGAAAAAUUUACUUGACAAUACAACUGAUGUAUCGUUAGUGUUAGAAUACUUUUCUUUUGCGAUAUCUUAGAUUUUUUAUGUCGUCUCACGGUGGAUGAGAUUUUUUUCGAUUUCAUUAGUCAUGGAAUUGACAAGUCAUGAUAUUAUCAUAUUGUAUUUUGUCUUUUAUAUCUUGUACUUUGAAUUUAUUGAAUUUGGUUUAGGGGCCUGACAAGUCAUGAGAUUACCAUAUUGCUACGGUGAAGGAUGCCAUUGGGCCAAUGGAGAAAUACUCUAAUAUCAUGAAAAAGUUUAGAAUGUGAAAUCUCUUGAUCUAUUAUUCAAAUUCGACACACAUAUACAUAUAUAUAUAUUAUAAAUGGUAAUUAUCUUUAUAGAGAUAGUUAAAAUACAAAAAAAAAAAUAUUUAACUUAAAAAAAUAAAUAAUUGUAUAAAAAAUUAAUUAAACUAUCCCAAUUUUAGCCUAAGUGCCUAUAUUUUUACAUAUGAUUUUCUACCAUUUUUAUUGUUGAAUCUGUCACUUAAAAAAUUCUAGUAGGGAAAAAUGUGCUCCCUUAUCUUUUAGCUGUUUCUUCGAUGAAUCAGCCAGCUUAUUUUAAGUUACAAAUUGUAACACUUCAUCGUUUACCAGUCCUCUUUAAUGGGAGAGAGGGAGAGGACUUGCUCUUUUUAUUUGAUUGAACUCGUGAGAAGUGAACAUAAUGGCAUAACAAAUAUCAUAAUGUAUCGAACACAAAAAUAAGUUAAAUAAGAACAAAAUUUUAACGCCCAAGACAAAUCAUUUUUAACAUAGAAAAUCUCUUCUAAUGUGAAAGGGUAAAAAUCGUAGAAUUCAAUGGUUUACUCCAAAAAAAACUCUACUAUGAAUAAUAAGCAUUUACAAGUGAUUGUGUGUAGCAACAACAAUAGGUAUAUAACCUCAAAUCGGCUAAUUAUCAUAAACAAUUUAAAAACAUAACACAAAAGAGAGAUUAAAGAGAUAUUAUCGAAAUUAAGUUGUUACAGAGUAUAAAAUUGGAGUUGUAGAGGUCAAAUAAACGAUUCAACUAUCCAAAUUCCAUAUGUCCUCUGUCUGUUGAUAAAAAAUCAGCCUAAUUGGACCGUAGAUGACCCUCCAAUCUAUAAAUGAUCAAAAAAUGUUUGCUACUUUUUAACCUAUAAAAUUUCAGAUAGCAAACUCUCUGUUCGGAGACCAAUAACUUGAACUGCAAACCUCAAAAUGUUAAUCUGACCGCUCAAAACGAAGAACCAAAUGAAUUCUACAAGCUGACCAAAAAUCAGCAAGAUCGGACCACAAAUCACUUGAUCAAAUCUGCACACUCCUUCACACACCUCUCCUCCAACUCUCCUCUCUUCUCUCGUUACAAAUAGCUGCCCACACACACACCUUCUCCUUUUAUAUUGAAAAUUUGAAAUCCCUAAGGGUCUUGGGCUUCAUGCUCAUGGGCCAAAUAAGUUUUGGGCUCCAGAGACCUAAAAAACCCAACAUUCUUUUGAUAAAACAAUGGAGAUUUGCUGUAGCUCUCCUCAUAGUUUUAUAAAUGUGCUGCCUUGUCUUUUAGCUGUUUCUCCGAUGAGCUUGCAUUUAAGCUACAAAUUGUAACAGUUCAUCGUUUACCAGUUCUCUUUUUGAUAAAACAAUGGAGAUUUGCUGUGAAAUUUCCUCAUAGUUUUAUUCUGCGCGUUAUUUAAUAGCAACUAAACGCAAUCAAGCAAUCCUCAUUGACUUUCCGGGGGUAGACUUUUAGUAACUUUCUCAGAAGAUGUCCUCCAAUAUUUUUAAACACAUUUAAAGUCUUCUUCAACUGGCUAGCUAUACAUAAAAACUUCCCACGAUCUUCCUCCUUUUGCGAGGAGAACUUGAAAACGAGAAGAACAAGAAGAAUCUGCCGGAUGAAGGUUACUCUAUUCCUGUUCCUUCUCUUGUUCGUAACAGUCAAGAAUAUUGUGGUCUUGUUCUCAUCUAUAUCACUCAAUUUCUCUCCAAAUCGUAUCAUUAGUCCUACUAACAAUUUUGUUUCAUCAGCUGGAACAAAAUCUAGUAACUUGGUUUUGUUUUUUGCUCUUAAUGUAAUUAUCAUGGCAAUCAUAGUGUUGGGGAUCCCAAAAUCUUCUAGUGGAGAAUACGAUUUUGAUUCACUUUUACAUGAUCAUUCACCCUUGUUAGUUUGUGAGGUGGAAGAUCAUCAACCAGAAGAUGAAGAAAAACCAAGCGGUGAUCAUAUGGAUCAAGAUCACAACGCAGACGAUGCCUUCGUCCCUAGUUUAGUGUUUGUCAAGUACUACGAUCAAGGAAAGGCACCUUUGUUGCUCGAGUACUUUGAUAACGAUGAUGAUGAAGAGAAAGAUGAAGAUCUCGCGAGGAGGGUUGAGGAUUUCAUAGCCAAAAACAACAAGAAAUGGAGGGAGGAGAUGGUGAGUGAUGGGUCUGGGUAGCAAGAUUCCACCCCCCAAGUGGCCGUCUCAAGCUGUAAAUAAUGGUGGUUUUUUAUUAAACUCGUUUUUCUUGCUUCGUUUUAUAUAUAUACUGCUUAAGUAUGGUGUUUAAUUUCUCUUUUCCCUUCAGUUUUUGUUUGGGGGCAAGGCAUGCAUUUAAUUUCAGAUUGUCGUCCAGGAAAGGUCCCUACUUUUUAUGGGCAUUUUCAUUAAGCUUGAGUGUAAUUAAGAUCCAUAUAUAUGUACAUAUAUAUCCUUGUAAACUAUUAUGGUGAUAUAUGGUUUUAUUCUCUCUGGUGCAUCCUUUCUGUAAAUAUAUAAAAUCAGUCUUCA